UCCUGUUCUCUGUCUCACAGUCUCUGCCCGACUCUUUAACCUCAGUCGACGGUUCGACUGUUUCUGUCUUUGCUGAAUCCCCCGAUGGAUUCAGGCUGAUUGAUCGUAAUGAGUUUGGGGAGCUCAGACAUGGCUGGAAGUGCACUGGGAACAGCCUUCUCCCUCCUGCUCCUCGCCUCUAUUAUACAAGGGUCCCAGGACGUUGAGGUGUUCCAUUAUAAAAAGAUGGAGGCAGUGGCGGGCCAGGACGUUGUGUUACCCUGUACUGUAAAUGGCCGUUCUGAUCUCAAGCUUGUCAGUAUUGAGUGGAGUAAGAAUAUAAAUGAGAUCACAAAGAUGGCUGUGUACAGCCCAAGUUAUGGAAUGCAUCUAUUUUGGCCUAAUGUCAGCAUCCAGAUUGAGAUGAAGACAUUGGGCUCCAACCUACACCUUCCUGAGGUGUCAAAAUGGGACAGUGGUGUGUAUAUUUGUGAAAUCGCGACCUUUCCUCUGGGCUCCAUCAGGAGAGAAACACAGCUGGAGAUCAAAGAAAUAAAGUGUGAUGCGAAUGGCACUCUCGAGGUCCACGCCGGUGAAAAUGUGACCAUUCACUGCACGGCGCUCCCUGAUGUGCGGUACAGGUGGACAAAGAACAAGGAGCUGGUGUCGGAGAAGGAAUCUCUGGAGCUCUCGUGGGUGACUGAUGCUCACGGAGGGGCUUACACACUGACUGUCAACACAGGAAACAGCACUCUGCACAAACAGUUUACCAUCACUGUGCUCACUGCAACCACAGGCUCGGUGACAGAUCCUGUGACACAGUCAGCACCAUCUAACGUAACUGAGGAGGGUUUGAUCAACUCAACAUACAGCAGCCCCACCACAUCACCGGCCCCUGGGCGUUCAACCACCAUUGAUACCAGUGUAACUUGGAGUGUGGGCACCGAUGGAACAGAUGUUAAUCCAAACCCUGGCAAUGUUACAACCACACCUGGAGAGCAUGCUAAUACUACACAUAUUAGUGACACCAUAACCCCUGCCAUACACACUGACACCAGCCACUUCAACACCUCCACUGAUCAAGAGGUAAACCCCACUCACGCUUCAAACACAUCCACCCUUUCUGACCAGUCAGUGGCCAGCGAUCCAUCCACAACACCAAGUUAUGGUAGGACAGAGUUCAGAUCGACACAGGAGAUGAGGAAUGAGUCCAUGCCACAUACAGUCCAUGCACAGUUCAAUACCUCGGCCAGCCCGGAGGAAUCCAGCACCGUGGGAAACAUUUCAGGAAACUCCAACAUCCCUGAUGCAGCCCCAACGCUGAGCAGCGUUAAUAUAGGCAACACUGAAGGUACUGGUGGUGCACGGAGUCAUCUAUUGUUGCUGUUAAUCAUCGUUCCAGCGCUGGUAUUGAUCGCCGUGGCUGGCUUUAUCUACAGGAAACAAAUGAUAAAGCACAGGAUGGAUUUGCCGCCUCCAUUCAAACCCCCUCCACCCCCGGUUAAGUACACGGCUGCAAGACAAAGUGACUUUUCCACGCAGCGAUUCCCCACGUCGAGGUGUAACUCGGUGGCAUUUGAAAACAGAAUCAUUACCCCUGACACGUUACACAUUGACCGUUGAUACAUUACACGUUCUAAUCAUGAGGAAUGCGACCGAUGCUCGGCCGUACGGAGGAUUGUUAAAUCUGUCAUGUUCAGUUGCGGCCAGUCUCGCAACAGCAGCGACAAAACAGUUGCAGGCAAUUGUGCAAAUGUGGGCUGCAUGUACAUCUGAUGUGGGUUCUUUGUUAUUGUGUAUAAAAUGCGCGUGUGGUUUUUAUAUUUGCAUCAAACACAUUCUGAUCCAUUAAAUGUUGAUGUCUGGUUUUAAUGUCACUCUGAACGAUUACACCGCAGGUGCUAAUGUUAUUUACUUUGUUUUAUUGCUUUUAUUACGCAUUCACUGUGUCCAUCUAAUCAUUUCUUAUCAACCUGCUAUUGUAUCAUAUGCAGCAAUAAACAUGCAUCCUACACUGCUGGAACAAUAUG